UUUGGUGGGAGUCUGAGCUGCGGGCAGUGCCUUUGGCACCGAGCUCUGCCAUCUGGAACCCGAUCCACUGCAAAGCGAAGGACAGUCGAGGUCUGUGGGGUGUGGAUCCUGUUUUCCAACAGCAGGGGCGGAGAUGGACGUCCGGGACAACACCAGGGAACUGCGCUCCCGGCUGGCAGAGGCUAAACAGCAGAUUCGAGACCUCAGGGAGAAGCUGAAUAUUUCAGAAUCGACGGCUUUCUUCCCGGCCAACCGGCUGCAGAAAUACACGCAUCCAGAUACGAUUUUUAUCUGGGAGAGGCUGCUGCGUUCUUCACAUUCCCAGCACGAGGGAACCGCCAGUCCUGUGGUCCUCGGGGCCUCCCAGCUGUGCAGAAGUCACUGCGUCACGCCCAAGCAGCGAUUUACGUCACAGACUGCACGGCUUGGUCAUGUGACCCCUGAUCAGAGUCAGACCUUGAGGGAUGUGAACUCUACUCUCUCAAACCCCAGUUCAAUUUUUGUCAAGUAACUUUUUUGUGCCUUUGAGCUUCCCUUUCCUCAUCUUCCAAUAGGGGAUUAUCAAUGCCAUGGAGGUGGGAGGUUGAGAAUUAAAGUCCUAGAAAUCCACACAUAGAACCUGGUACUGGGGACACUUUGUCCCUGGGAUGGGCCCUGCCUCCCUCCCCGUGUGUAGUGGCCACAGUAGCGUGUCCUGCUUCCCACUGAGGCAGGCGUGUGUGUCUUUUCUCAGAGUGUGAGGAGUGUGGGGACAUCCUGGAGGCCGUGCUGGGGGAGAGGCUGGAUUUCCGGGAGGAGGAGCGGGCGGGACGCCAACC